AUGAAGGUAGGCGGCGUUGAAUCUGCCAAAUUGAAGACUGCAAGUAGUGUGCAUUUCACUGUAGGAUGUCCCCGAGGUCAGUUCUUUGCUGGUAGAAACGUCGCAACGACCGCACACGAAGAAAGUGUCGUCCAGAGAAAAGGCGGUCUACCGCUGCUCAAUGGCGAUUUGGUAGAGCGGUGUGUUUUGUACAGCGGAGCGGCUCACCAGAAUCCAUCGUCCUCAGUGUUGUAUGGCGAUGGUGAACGGCCCAUCACCGCCAAUGUCAAAUCCCAGCUCCAUCUGUUGCCUCGCCAAGAGCCUGUGUCGUCGGUUGAUUGCUUUGCCUGCACGGCAGCAACAACGACAAUACCAAAGUCACCUCUUGUCAUCUACAUUCAGCAUGCUGUGUGGGUAUCACUGCAGCAAAUUGCUUCCACCACGGAUGUCUAA